AUGACCACGGCCGAAGAAUGCACCACCCUGCACGGAAUAACCUACACCUUCUACGGCUACCCGGACAACGACCCGCCGGGGGCCGCCAUCGCCUACGAAUGCCCCAACCGGGGCACCACCGCCGGCGGGACCGGCACGUACGACGACCCGCUGACCUUCGCGACGGCGCCCGGCGAAUUCGAGCUGUGCGAGGUCAUCUACUCGCCCUACCUGCAGAAGUAUCCCAUCCACGAGGACUACUGCGCGAGCUGCACGCGGCACUGGCCGCACAUGUGGCAUGUGGACGUGUGGCUGGGCGGGGACUCGGUGGGCGCCGCGGCUGAGCAGCUGAGCUGUGAGGCGCGGCUGACGCCCGAGCUGGAGAGCCAGCGGGUCGUGCGCGGGCCGCGGGGGGAUUUGCCGGUUGAUGGCACGACGUUCUACGCGGGUGGGUAUUCCGCCUGUGGCGUCGAGCAUGUCUACCAUGCCGCGGAGGCGGGGGAUUACUGUUGA